AUGGCACAGGCUCAGGAUCAAGAAUCCCCCGAGCUUAGCACUCCGAGUCGCUUCAUCACUGACCACAACGCCCGCGGUCUGUCUGUCUUCAAUACCAGCAUCCCAGACCAGCUCCCAGUCCAGAUCGUCGGCGGCAAGUCCAAGUUCCACCUUGGGUACGCCACUGCGAAGAUUCCAGCAGACUUCACAGACAACUCUGACAUCGCCACUUACUCAUCCUUUCUAUCUAACCCUCCCGGGAUCUUCCAUCCUGGUGGGACUGUUCUGCGUAUCGUGGAUAUGCGGCCAGGCGGCGAGAGUCUCAUGCAUAGGACGCACAGCCUUGACUACGGCAUUGUGCUGGAAGGGGAAAUCGAGCUGAUUCUGGAUUCUGGGGAGAGCAGGAUUCUCAAAAAGAGCGAUGUGGCAGUCCAGAGGGGAACUAAUCACCUGUGGAGGAACAUGAGCAAGACGGAGUGGGGGCGCAUGUUGUUUGUGACCUUGGAGGCAAAGCCGGUCGAAGUUGAUGGGAAGAUCCUAGACGGCAUUCAAGGUCAUGGGGUUGAGAAUACAACACGUUCUGGGAACUGA